AUGGAGAACAUCGGCCCAACCUUGAUGUACGAACGGAUUUUGAGCAAUCUGAAAGGGUACAGGUCAGGACACCGCGAAGAGAUACAUCCAAAUCCCCGCAGCACAAGGAACAAACAUAAGGCGAUCAAGUCUUGCAUGAAGCAGUCACCACGAACAAAGCCGGAACAACCCAGAAGGAACUCAUCCUAUCAUCCCACCGGCGCUCCAAGUUCAGAGAAUGAUUUCAAGAUGCUCGCCGUCGAUCGAGCCGACCCGCAGCAGACAAGAGAAGUAACAAUGUCAGUCUUGUCAAAACAGACGAUUUUCAACUCCAGGGACAACAUGGGCAUACCUACGGACUUCAUAAAGAGGACGCAGAGCGAAUUUCCCAAGCGCGGUUUCUUCGCAGUCAAAAAGAGUCAUGUCGUUGUGAACGGCAGAUAUGCAAGGUCGAAGUGGAAUAAGGAGCUCAUUCGUCGGUGGCACGCGUACUAUGAGGGCGACUUAGCUUCUUUCGAAAGAUGUUUCAAAAGCCAUCCGAAACGUGUCGGGUGCAAACAAGUCAAAUUUAAUAUCCAAGAGGACCAGACAGACCCAAUCAAAGAUUCCAAGGCAUGGCGUCUAGCUCAGUGGAAAGCUAAAACUGAAGAAAAGGAGCGAGCGAAAGCGGAGCAUACUUUCGAUCUCUGCGAUGUCGACUUCGAUUACAGCAAGGUAGCCGAAUCCACCGCACUCAAGAAGCACCUCGCGUCGUGUCUGGACAAAGCAUCCGACUCCUACACACCGAAAACGCUUGAGUCCGCGUCUGUUGUCCCCACCCCUUCUCUUGAUGGGAUUCCAGAACUACCGACAUUCCCCUGCAACAAUGAAGACGACGACUUUUGGAGUGCAGGCACGUCAAGAGCAAACACAACGAUGCAAUUUCCCAGCCACAUAUCCUCACCAUGGCUCCUCCUCCUCCUCUUCUCCACCUGCAUAGCCCAGACCCACGCAGCUCCCACCCCACCGCUCCUCAUACCCCGCGGCUCCGACACAAUAGACUCCUACUGCCACCCCUCCUCCAGCUCACCAAAAUGGUACCCCGCCAACACCGCCCUCCUCAACAAAACCGACUGCCUCUCGGCCCUCCUCUCUUUCAAAUCCCUCGAACCGGCCCAAUACGGCUACCGCAACCUCGCCUUCUCCGACAUCCACGUCCCCGGCGCCCCGGGCGAGAAACUUCCAAAACGCUACCCGGGCGCCUCCAACCAAUGCGUCCUCUACAUCUUCAUGAGAUCGAGGUAUUUUGCGGAAUGGGAAAUACUGCAUGCAUUACCGCAGGGCUUAGAGCCGGUGGAUGAGACGAGCUAUAAGCAGUUGGUCCUGGAGGCGGAUAAUGUGUAUUGGGAUUGUGUGGUUGAGGGGGGUGGGGGCACGGUGGAACAUGCGGGGCAGGAAGGGCUGGCGGGGUGGAAACCGGCGGGGAAGAAACAUAGUAUUGCGGUGGUGUUUUGGGGGGUUGGGUCGACGAGGGAUGAAUAUGAGAAGUAUGUGAUGAAGGAGAGGUUGGUGUUGAGGCCGGCGCCGGGGAGUGUCGAAUGA